AAUAAGCUAAGGCUGUCUUAUAUUUUGUUCCAGAGAAGUGUACAAUGCUAUCUGCAUUAGAUUAGGAGAUACUUUACACAUUCCCGAAGACUCUGUCCAGGCAUUGUUCAACGAUAUGAAGCUUUAUCCAUCAAAAUCUCAAGUAUCGAGAAUGCUUCAGUGUGCCAGACAGUGCGGUAGGAGAAAUGGGGCCACGUCGGACUACAUCACCUUCGGGGAGUUCUGCGUGUUCGUCAGGGAGAUGCAGAACCAGAGCCCCAGGCAGCAUAGGAAGAUUACACCACCUAAAUCAAAUAGAUGUUUGCAAAGGUGUGACGUAUUUUUGGGAGGAUCGUGUAACCCAACGACGUGGCGAACGGAUACGGCGAUACCAGAACUGAAGAAACAUGGCAUCACCUUUUAUAAUCCUCAAGUAACGAUGUGGGCCCCCGAGCUAGUAGCGCAAGAGUACGACGCCAAGCAGCGAGCGGCGGUACUGUUGUUCGUGCUUGACAGCGAAACGCGUAGUACAGUGGGCAUGAUCGAGGUGGCGUACCUGGUGGCCAGCGGAAGGUGCGUCGUUGUUGUGGCGCAACCGUACGAGAGAGGGCAACGGAUUAUGGGCGAGAUCAUCACAGAAAGGGAGUAUCAAGACCUGGUAGAAGCUCAAAACGUUCUAUUGGACUUGGUGAGGAGUAAAGGAGUGAAAAUCCACACGAACCUUUCAACAGCUUUACAAUGUACGGCGAACAUUCUGAGGAACUCGACGAACUCUGGUACUAGCGCCGAAGAACAGAUCACGUGUAAACUCAGGAAGCUGAGAGAGGUGUAUGACUCCUAUGGAGGCGAGAUGAAGCUUUACCACGUGUUAGACGCGUACAAGAAGCUGACGAAUCGUUCGUUGGACAUCGCGCGCCUCUACAAUUAUUUCAACCACACGCAAAGUACAAAUGGUGAUUCGACCAUCUCGUCACCGAAUUCAACUGUUUCCUUCGAACGGUUUUGUGCUCUGAUGGCUGAAUUUUCCACUAAUGAUGGCUGUGAAAUGUGCUCUUUUGACGGUAGGAGUGGCACAGGGAACGCAAGAUUGACGUUUCAAGCCACGUCAGUCUAUUGGACAUGUGCUCUUCUAAAGACGAGAUUUUUGAUAAGAUCAAUAGUCGACAACGCUCUAGUAUGGGCGAUGCAACCUUUCCAACGUCAAUGCUCCACGACGACGAACAACAACACCUGCACGCUGGACUCUGACGGUCAACACAUCGAGUGCCUCCUGGAAUCGCCUCCCUAUACGCCCGAAACGCCCAAUCCCACGGGAGUGGACGUUUUCCUGGGAGGAUCGUUGACCUCGAAGAGCAAAUGGAGGGAAGAAGUGGCGGUGCCGAUAUUGGAGAAGCACGGGUUGAGUUAUUGCAAUCCGGCUGUUAGAGAGGAUGGAACGUUGUCUGGGAAUAAGAGGGAUGUGUUGGAGUGGAAGAAAGUGAUAGACGCGAGUCGGAUAGUGUUGAUGUACAUAACGCAAGAUAGCAGAUCUAUGACCAGUAUUAUCCUGGCCGUCUACCACAUGGGCCUUAACAAAGACAACCUCGUACUGUGCGUGGAGAGUUUGCCGGAAGACGGCUGCGCGAUUCACGAUGAAACGUUAUCAAAAACGCGGUGAAAGACUAUAACAGAGCUAGGGUAUACCUGACGGACCUUGCAAAACGAAAGCAAGUUCCGGUAUUCGAAAACAUCACCGAGGCGGUACAGUGCGCUGUUGAAAGGUGUAAAGGGGGAUAGAGAAUAUUAGAAAAUAAGCGCAACCCUCAAAUUAUCAGGUCACUAUCCGCUCUCUCCCUCUUUCUUAUAAAUGCAACGAAGGCAGCUCUCUUCAGCCGGAAAAAAACAUACACUUUUUUUGCGUGUUUUAUGUGUUUUUAAACGAUGUCUUUUGGUAGGAUUUUUCGCCAUGUCUCGGCACUUUUAUCACGUGAAAAAUGCAAUUUUUUACAUGAUAAGAGUGGGCAGUUGUGAAAUUUUAAGAUAAUUAAAAUGUUCCAGACGUUAAAGAUCAACCGCAGAAGAACUGUUCGUAAGACAAUUAUUAUAAGUAAAUUGAAAGGUUUGUGCUUGAGAGAUUUUUUUUUUGGCACUUCACCUUCCUAUGGAAUUAUCGUAUGCAGAAAAUUGAUUUCACAACUGAGAAAACGAGACUUGCGAAAAACGUCGGUUAGAAAUUUUUUAGUUAUUGCGAUAAAAAAUGAUCAAAAAAUAUUUUCAUGUUGUCCUUAUAUUAUAUAGUUAUUCCUUUUUCCUUGUUUCAAUUAGUCGGACUUAUCUGUCAUUCGUUUUAUACACGAAAAUGUUAACAUAUUAGAAAAAUGUUUAUCAUAGUAAAUUAAUGUCUAUGAGUAAUUGUUAAAAAAUUGUUACGUGUUUAUAUUAUAUACGGAAUAUCCUGAACAAAUUUGUUUUAAAUAAUCGGUACACAAUUUUUUUUUGGCGUUAAAAAUUAUGACAAACAUCUGAACAUUCCACUAAAAGAGAAUUUCAAAAAAGUAACUACACUAUUCCAAGGUGUUAAAAAAUCGAGGGAUAACAUCACAAAUGUAUGUUGUACCAAAACAGAACUCUUGGGAUAUUCUGUAUACUUGUUAAUUAUUCUUUUUGAUAAAAUUCAUAAAUUGUUAGGAAAUUGAAUAUAUAAUUUCUCUGGUACAAUAAUUGAAAAAAUAUACACAUCACAAUUGUGGGCGAUUAAAUGCUUCCUCCUUUUGCUUAAAACUGUCAUCUUUUUCACAAUUUUUAAUCUCUGAUAAAUUAUGGAUGGAAUCUUUUUAUGUGAUUUUUGCUGAAAGCAGUAUGGAUCAGUUUUGCAUACUGUUUUACCAAAACAUCUAUUCAUGAUUGUUAAAGCAGAAGAGAAGAAUAUUUUUUCGCCCGAUUUAAAGGAGCAUCAUAUAAAUGGCUGCUACUUACCUCUAACAUUCACAUAACUCUAAAUUUGAAGUUGGUUAACUGAUAUUAUAUACCUAAUUAUAUUAUGUAUGAAUGUCAUCAACAUGUCUUAAUUUCUGUUAAUUUAUAUAUUUGUAUAGUAUUAAAAGUUAAAGGAUAAUAUUAAAAUAAAGGUUAACUAGUAAAAGAUACGUGCAAUUUACGCAAGUAGUUUUUGUACUUAAAAAAAAGUUCCAGUAAAAGGUUAGGGAAACAUUGCAUCACAAGGAGUGCGUUUUGUGUCAUUUUUUUUUGUUCCCUACAUAAGAAAUUUGAGAAUUACAAAAAAAGAUCGAGGUAAAUUUCGGUAAAAGGGUAUUUUUAUACAUCUUGAAAAUUUGUCACAUAUUUUGAGCACUUCUGAUAUCAUUUAAAAAUCUAUUUAGGUUCGUUGUAGAUGUAGUGUCUCCAGAUCUUUUUGGUCGAUGUUUUAUGUAUAAUACUGUUUUCAAUGAUAGAUUUUACUCAAUGAAAAUCUUUUAGUGACAAAAAGUCUGU